UCCGCACGCAUGCGUCCCGGGGCGGUGACACCAUUUUAAAGGAAGAAAGGAAAACAGGCACAGUUAGUGACAAUCAGUAAUAAAUCAACAGUUUAUAAUAAUACAGAGCCCAUGUGCGUCUUAACAAAACCGGAACGAUAAAAGAUCCCCGCUGAUCCACAGUAAAACCGGGUUCCGGUGCUGCAGCUCAGCGUCUUUUCUGGGUUAUUGUUGUUAUUGGGGUGUGUGUGAAACUGAAGCAGCGCGGUUCCAUCCACAGUCCAGAUGGAUGGAGACGAGGAGAUCCGCUCAGAUGACGGCAGCGCUACUCCAGUUCAGGACGAGCAGGAGGAGGCCAGACCCGCGUCACCGCAGUCUGAGGAUGAAGGCAGUGAUAACGAGGACGCCGCUCGCGACGCAGACAGCGGCUCGGAUCACGAGGCUCGAGGAGGAGGAGACGCUAGCGAAUCAGAGCCCGAGCCGCCGCGGCCCGCAGACAGUGAGGAGGAAGAGGAGGGCAGCUCUCCUGUGAAGAGAAGAGCGAGCACCUCGGACAUCGAGGAGGAAGAGGAGGAGGAGAAACCACACCCUGCCAGCGACUCCGAGCCGGAGGAAACACAGAAGAGACACAGCCCUAAAUCAGACGCGGCCAGCGAUUCAGACGAGGACAAACACAAACAGAAGACUCUGAGAGACUCUGAUGCAGAAGAAGAGGAGGAGGAGGAGGAGGGAGGGAGGAAGGAGGAGGGAAAGUGGAAAGCUGUGAUGAACUCAGACAGUGAUGAAGAAGAGGAGCGACCGAAACAAGAAGCAGGAAGUGAUGAAGAUGAAGGGCCUAAACGACGGGCUCUGGCCAGUGAUGAUGAAGAAUAUGAGGAAGAUGAAAAGCCUGUGAAGAGGAAGAAGGCGGUUCUGUCAGACAGUGAUGAAGAUGAGGAGAAAGAGGUGAAGAAGAGCAGGCUGGUGUCUGGUGAUGAAGACUCCGGCAGUGAUGAAGGCUCUGGAGCUCCUGAUAAGAGUUUAGCAGCUAAACUGAAGGAGCUGGGCUCAGACAGCGAGGAUGAGGAGGACACGAUGAAGAGAGACUCAGGGACGAAGGACGAGAAGGCUCUGUUCGGCAGCGACAGCGAGUCCGGCGACGAUGAGGAAGAGAAGAUGAUCGCAGACAUCUUCGGAGAGUCCGGCGACGAGGAAGAGGAGGAGUUUACGGGCUUCAAUCAAGAGGAGCUGGAGGCCGAGCGGCCGCAGACUCAGGCGUCGGGGCUGAAGGGAGCGGAGAUCGACUCUGAUUCAGACGACGAUGUGGACAGAGGAGAAAAAGACAUGUCCUUCAUGUCAGACUUUGACAUCAUGCUGGCCCGGAAGAAAGCCCAGAGCGGGAAACGCAGACGCAACCGAGACGGAGGGACGUUCAUCAGUGACGCCGAUGAUGUCGUGAGCGCCAUGGUCAUCAAAAUGACCGAAGCAGCAGAGGAGGACCGGAGUCUGAACAGCAAGAAGAAACCGGCUCUGAAGAAGCUCAUGCUGCUGCCCACAGUGGUGAUGCAUCUGAAGAAGCAGGAUCUGAAGGACACAUUCAUAGACAGCGGCGUGAUGACGGCCAUAAAGGAGUGGAUCAGUCCUCUCCCGGAUAAGAGUCUGCCAGCGCUCAAGAUACGAGAGGAGCUCCUCAAGAUCCUGCAGGAGCUGCCCAGCGUGAGUCAGGAAACACUGAAGCUCAGUGGAAUCGGGCGAGCCGUCAUGUACCUCUACAAACACAAAGUCUCGAGCCAACAAAGACCUCGCGCUCAAACUCAUCAGUACGAACACACUCUGACUGCAUCAGAUCUGUGUCCGCUUGAGUGUGUGUUCCUGUGA